AUGCAUCCAGAUUUAAUUAUUAAAGGUGAUCCAACUGAUGAUUAUGAGCUCCUCCAGCGAGUUGGUUAUGGAACUUAUGGCGAAGUUUAUAAGGCGAGGCGUAUAAGGUCAGGAGAAAUUGUUGCAGUAAAAGUUGUUAAGCUGGAAGCUGGCGAUAAUUUUAUGGUUAUACAGCAAGAAAUUCUCAUGAUUAAGGAAUGCGUUCAUCCGAAUAUUGUUGCAUAUUAUGGCAGCUAUCUUCGACGUGAUCGUCUCUGGAUCGUCAUGGAAUAUUGCAGUGGUGGCUCUUUACAAGAUAUAUAUCUGACCGGUCCUCUAUCUGAAUUGCAAAUCGCUUAUGUUUGUCGAGAAACUCUUAAAGGUUUGAAACAUCUUCAUUCAAAAGGAAUGGUUCACCGUGAUGUUAAAGGGGCUAAUAUUCUUCUUACUCAGUCAGGCGAUGUCAAAUUAGCUGAUUUUGGAAUAGCUGCGCGAAUAACUGCCACAAUCGCAAAACGCAAGUCAUUUAUUGGCACUCCUUAUUGGAUGGCUCCCGAAGUUGCUUGCGUUGAAAGGCGUGGUGGAUACGGAUUUGAAUGUGAUGUAUGGGCUGUUGGGAUAACAGCGAUUGAGCUAGCUGAAUUACAACCACCACUUUUUGAUCUCCAACCAAUGCAAGUGCUUUCUCUUAUGACAAAAUCAUCAUACAAGCCCCCUACUCUUAAAGAAAAAUAUCGUUGGUCUCCCCUGUUCCAUGAUUUUGUUAGGCAAUGUUUGACCAAGAAUCCAAAGAAAAGACCUACUCCUGACAAACUCCUUAAGACUCAUCAUUUCAUAUUGGGCGCAUUAUCCUCUAGAAUGGCUCGUGAUUUAUUGGAUAAAGUCAACAAUCCUGGUGGCUCGUUUAUUUCACUUCUUUCUCAGCGAUGUUCUACUGAUGCAGAAGAAAAUGAUGAGGUUUUUACUUAUCUAGUGAAUCAAAACACCCUACUUGCAAAGAUACAGCCAUCAUUACCCGAUGUAGUUCAAGCACUUUCUUUGUCAAAUGAUGAUAAAGAAGUUACAUUCGAUGGUGUGCCGUUGAGACCAUCAGAUCAGAUCAGUGGUGGAGGUAGAAUAAUAAUGGGAGCUUGCUUCUCUCUUAUUUUCGGCGAUUGUCCUCUCCACAUUAAUUGCACUGUAACGUGGACGAAUGAAAGCAAUUUUCGACAGCUUCUUAUUAUCGGUGCAGAAGAAGGAAUUUUCACUUUGAAUAUGAAUGAAUUAUACGAUGCAGCAAUGGUUCUAAUUCAUAAAAAAAGAUGUGCCUGGUUAUAUGUGCAAAAGAAUACCCUUAUGGCUGUUCAAGGCAAAACACCGUAUUUAUACCGGCAUGAUUUAUUGGCGUUAACACAAAAAGGGUUGGCACGUACACUUUCGAAGCCUAUGAACAAAAUUCCUGAGAAAUUUGUCCCAAAAAAAUUUGCAAUAACUACUCGUUUACCUGAAACGAAAGAUACAUUACAAUGCAGUGUGGUUCGAAGUGGUGUUAAUGGCAAUAUCUAUCUCUGCUGCGCAACACCAUUUGUUGUUACUUUGUUCCAGUGGUACGAACCGUUGGAAAAAUUUUUUGCUUUAAAAACUAUUGAUAUGCGCAUUCCAUAUUUUCCGUUGCCUCCUUUUCAGCUUAUUUAUUCUGCUGAUACUGAUGGAGAUUUUCCAAAGGUAUGUUUGGCUGUAUAUAAAGUAACUUCUCGCAAAUACUAUUUGCACAUGCUCAGUUUUAAUAAUGGAAGAAACCACUUCGAUCUCAUUGAAGAAGCACGUUCUUCUACGACUCCUUUGAAUUCAGUGGUCCUCAAGCAAAUAGAUAAAGUAUUUUCUAAUUUUAUUAUUCUGUUUAUUAUUAUAUGUAUUCAUUAG